UACAGAUCGGUGCAGUAAACAUGAGCGUAACCUUACAUUUUCAAAGUUUACGAGUUUUUGUGAUGUACAGUUAUUGUCGUUAUUGUUAACAACUUUUUUAUUCAACAUAUGCGCCUUUCAACAGACGAAUAACAAUGAAACAAGUAAAAUUUGUGAUAUAAUUAGUGCAAACUUGGAGGACUUGCAAAACUUAUCCAAAAUAACAUCAACAAGAACUGCAAAGUGCAAAGUUAACUAAAUAAUGGAAUUUCUAGCAGUAUUUUUUCUAUUCCUAUGUACACCCACGACUAUUUACACCUUAAACUAUACUUUUAUAAAUCUGCCAGAUGAACAUUUACGAAUUUACUUCUCUCAACACAAAGAUAUUUCACAAAUCUGCAUAGAAGAUCCAGAUUGUCCAUAUCACCAAUUUAUUGAUUUAAAAAAUGAAAAUACCAAUAAAUGUUGGGGCUAUGAACAAAAUUGUAACUGGCAGGAACAGAAUGCCAGGCCACAUUGUCCUGGUGAUCACAGAGGUUGGGUGAAAACUAAGAAGAAUCAAGAGGAAACAUUUUUUACACAAGCUGAUUUUGGCUAUGUGAAGCAACAAAUUGCAGAAACUCAUGUAUUAUGUGAAGCUUUGUUUCCAAUGGACAGUAGUUUAGAAUGUUCAAAGCAUAUGCGCUUUUGUCGCGGCCGAAAUUUAAUGAUUAACUUCACUGACCUGGCACAUCGAGAAGAACCUCUAAGAUACAAGAUGGAUGUAUUAAAACAGGGACAAAUUGGUGGGUUUUGUAAACUACAUAGGGAGAGACUACAGGAGUAUGCAGAUCAUUUAAGUCCACUGCAAAGUUGGGGACCUGAAAUGCGGUUUUUUGAUGAGAUGACUGAGAGACCAAUGGCAGCAAACAAAUGUGAUGUUAUUAUAGAUAAGCCAACUUUUAUUAUGAAAAUUGAUGCAACUGUAAACAUGUAUCACCAUUUCUGUGAUUUUGUGAAUCUCUAUGCUUCACAACAUUUGAAUUCUACACAUUAUACUGGUUUUGAUCAGGAUAUAAACAUUUUGAUAUGGGAGACAUACACCUACAAUUCUGCAUUCAAAGAUGUCUUCAAAGUGUUCACAAAGAAUCCAAUUUUGGAUUUAAAAACAUUCCGUGGUGAAGUUGUUUGCUUUAAGAACAUUGUAUUCCCAUUGUUGCCACGCAUGAUAUUUGGACUUUACUACAACACUCCAAUCAUCUACGGCUGUGAAGAAAGCUCUUUAUUCAAAGCAUUCGCUGAGCAUGUUUUGCAUCGUCUAGAAAUACCGAAAAAGAAGCGGAAACAUUCCAAUGUUAUUGUUACUUUGCUAUCAAGAGAAACAAAAUAUCGAAAAAUCAUCAACGAAGCGCAGUUGAUGAAUGCGCUGCAAAAUAUCGACGAAAUUGAAGUACAAAAAGUUUCUUUUACGAGAGAUGUACCUUUUCUUGAACAAUUGGAGAUUAUUAGAAACACUGAUGUGUUGAUAGGUAUGCAUGGAGCUGGAUUAACACAUUUAUUGUUUCUGCCUGAUUGGGCAUCUUUAUUUGAAUUGUACAACUGUGAAGAUCCCAAUUGCUAUUCAGAUCUAGCCCGUCUUCGCGGAUUGAAAUAUGUGACGUGGGAAAAGGACGAAUUGUUAAAACGAGAGUUUGAUGAAAACGAUCCGGAGAAUGCGCAUGCUGCACACGCGAAGUUUACGAAUUACUCGUUUGAUGUUGAUGAAUUUGUGCGGCUUGUAAUGACUGCUGUUCGACACGUCGAGGAACAUCCUGCAUUUGAAAAGGAUUUAGAGGAGAAUUGUGUGGAUGAAGACUGUACAUCGAAUAUUAAUCAAAUCGCAGGCACAAUCGAAGCUUUAGAAUAUGAUGAGAGUAUUGAAAUUGAUAGUGACUUUGAUAAAUUUGCAGAGGAGAGAAAAAGUGCAAAAGAAAUGUUUAAAGAUGAGCUAUGAGAGUUGUAAUGACUUUGUAGUUGUUGAAUAAUAGUAAUAACAUUCCAAUAAUUUUAACUAAACGAACAAAAUUGAUUGAAUUUCCAUAAACUUAGUAGUAAUAUACAAAAAAUACUCAUACUAAAUGUGAUUCUACUUAAUUUAACUGAUUUUAUAUAACUUAUUGAAGUAAACAGGGUGUUUUGAAGCUCAGGUGCAUAUUAAACUAUCAAAUUGACUCAUUCAAUUAAGUAUUAAUUACGAAUAUAUAAUUAUAUUAUUUAUUAUUGUAACAAAUAUAAAAACAGUAAACAGGUAACAAAAUUA